GGUAUUUAUGGUUACACUGGAAAAAAAAUUGGAAAUUACUAACGUUUAUCCGAUCAUUUUAAUCGUAACUGGACCAAUAAAUGAUCGAUAGUUGUAUGCACACGGAGGUUUUUGAAGACUAAAGUGUAGCUGCUUACGAGGGCUCCUGAUGAAGGUGUGCAGGUAAUACUGUGAAAGCCUUUGUAAGACGCCAUGUCUGAAGAGGCGAUGUCAGACAGUGACCUGGAGCCCAGCCUUAACAGUGAAGAUGAGGAUUUGGAAAAUGAAGAAGAGGAGGACAUGGAGGAAGAUGAGGAUGACAAUGAUGGGGAUGAUGAAGAAGAUAGUCUUGAACGACCUGCAAGUGCCCAGAGCAAGGAAGAUGCAGCCCAGGAUGGCCAAGACUCCGCCUCAACUACCUCCGGAGAGCCAUCCUCGGAGCCGGCAUCCUGUCCAUCUUCCCGGCCUCCCUCCAGGCCUCCCUCUGGACCUGCCUCCAGACCUGCCUCUCGCUCUCAACCUCCAGGCAGCCCAGAAACGUUGAGCCCGAGCAAGAAACCCUCCAGCAAAUCAAAGAAGCAAAAAGCCUCUAAAUCAACCAAAUCUUCAAAGUCUUCAAAAGGCUCCAAACCUUCUAAGCCUUCUAAACCUGUACACAUGAGGAAGAAUAUCAGAAAGCUGCUGAAAGAGGAUCAGCUGGAGGCUGGGACCAAGGCGGCUCAACAAGAGGAGAUGGAGAGGCGGAAACGUCUGGAGCAGCAGCGGAAGGACUUCCCUACACCUGCCCCAGCUGUCCCAGAGUCCCAGCUUGUGGACACUGCGUCACUUUUAGGAGAAGUAUCUCACUUGGUCCCGGCUCUCCUGAGCAAGCAGGAUGUGAUCUGUCUGGACAGCAGCGGCGAUGAAGAUGAAGAAGGGGAAGCCAAGCUGCCUGCGCUUGCCAUUAGAGAUGAUGUAAUUGAGCUGAGCUCUGGGGAUGAAGAUGCCCUGCAGAUAAGCAGCGAGUCUGCCGACGAGGAUGCUGACGGCACUGCAGGCUCACAGGAGAGCAGCGGGGCGCACAUCAACGACACCCAGAAUAUGCCUGACGCCCAGGGUCGCGUGCUGGUUAAUAUCAAUCACCCUGCAGAGGAGAAAGACAUUUACCUCGCUCCACAGUUGGCCAAGGCAGUAAAACCUCACCAGAUCGGGGGAAUCCGGUUUCUCUAUGAUAACCUCAUCGAAUCACUGGAUCGGUAUAAGUCCAGCAGCGGGUUUGGCUGCAUCCUGGCUCACAGCAUGGGUUUGGGAAAAACUUUGCAGGUGAUAUCUUUCAUCGACAUCCUACUGAGGAAUACGGAGGCUCACACUGUGCUGGCCAUCGUUCCUGUGAACACACUUCAGAACUGGUUGACAGAGUUUAACCUCUGGCUCCCUCCGCAAGAAGCUCUUUCCCCGGACAAUGACCCCGUAUUUGUCGCAGGCCGCACAUUCAAAGUUCACAUCCUCAACGAUGAGCACAAAACCACCUUAGCCAGGGCCAAGGUGGUGGAGGACUGGUCCAAAGGGGGAGGGGUGCUGCUGAUGGGUUACGAGAUGUACCGCCUGCUCUCCAUGAAGAAGAGCUUUGUAAUGGGCAAGAAGAGGAAAUCAAAGAAGCCCGCAGGACCAAUCAUCAUCGACCUGGACGAAGAAGAUAGACAACAGGAGCUCAUGAGAGGUAUAGAAAAAUCCAUAGCACGGCCCGGCCCAGAUGUGGUGAUAUGUGACGAGGGUCAUCGCAUUAAGAACUACCAUGCCAGCACAUCACAGGCUCUGAAGAACAUCCGCUCCCGGCGCAGAGUGGUCCUGACAGGUUACCCCCUGCAGAACAAUCUGAUCGAAUACUGGUGCAUGGUGGACUUUGUCAGGCCCGACUUUUUAGGCACGCGGCAGGAGUUCAGCAACAUGUUCGAGCGUCCCAUCCUCAACGGGCAGUGUGUGGACAGCACACCGCAGGAUGUGCGCUUGAUGCGCUACCGCAGCCACGUGCUACACAGCCUGCUGGAGGGGUUCGUUCAGAGACGAGGUCAUGAUGUGCUACGAGACCAGCUUCCAACCAAGGAGGAGCAUGUGAUCUUGGUGCGGCUUUCUCCCAUUCAGAGGGCUCUCUAUUCUGAGUUUAUGAAACGCUUUCGAGAAGCAGGGAACACCGGCUGGCUUGGUCUUAACCCACUCAAAGCCUUCUGUGUAUGCUGUAAGAUAUGGAAUCACCCAGAUGUUCUCUUCGAGGCCCUUCAGAAGGAGAGCCAGGCCAACGAGCAGGACCUGGACCUGGAUGACAUCACUUCGGCUAGUAACCCACGCUGUCCUGCACCGGGUGCUGGCCUCAAGGCCAAAGUAGCCGACUCCAGCAACAGCAAAGUCAACAACGUUGUUCCACAACUCAAUCACUCCCAGGAAAGAGCCAAUCAAGUCAUCACGUAUGAAUGGGCAAAGGACAUCAUGUCAAACUACCAGAUGGGAGUUCUGGAGAACUCUGCCAAGAUGGUUCUGCUCUUCUAUUUGAUUGAUGAGAGUGUGAGAAGAAGAGACAAGAUUUUGGUGUUUAGUCAAAGCUUGUCCACCCUGUCAGUCAUUGAGGACUUCUUAUCAAAGAGAGCCAUGCCGCCAGGUAUCGCCUCCUCCGACGCCCAGAGCCAAAACUGGGUUCGCAACCUCAAUUACUACAGGCUGGAUGGGAGUACAUCUGCCUCAGAGAGAGAGAGACUAAUCAAUCAGUUUAACGACCCAGAGAACACUGCAACAUGGGUCUUCCUUCUUUCUACGAGAGCGGGCUGCUUGGGGGUGAAUCUGAUCGGGGCUAACCGCGUUGUUGUGUUUGAUGCCUCCUGGAACCCGUGCCACGACGCCCAAGCUGUGUGCAGAGUGUACCGCUAUGGUCAGAGGAAACCCUGCUACAUUUAUCGCCUGGUCUGUGAUUUCACCCUGGAGAAAAAGAUUUAUGACAGACAAGUCUCCAAACAGGGAAUGUCUGACCGUGUUGUUGAUGACCUAAACCCGGUGCUGAACUUCACUCGUAAAGAAGUGGAGUCGCUGCUGCACUUUGUGGAGGAUGAACCUGACAACCACUCUCUGACCUCUAAUGAAGAAUUUGAAGAGGUGAUGCUCAAAGCCUGUCAGUAUCACCCACACCUCAUCACCAAGCAACCUUUCCAUCACGAGUCACUGCUGGUGGAUCGUAAGGAGUCUAAACUAACCAAGGCAGAGAAGAGAGCGGCCAAGAAGAGCUAUGAGGACGAGAAACGAGCGUCUGUGCCCUACACACGCACAUCGUAUGCCCCCUAUUACCCAAACAGUGACCAGGCGCUCACAAACAUACCAGCAUUCAACCAGCGUGGCUGGCGUCCCAUGGUGCGGCCUGAUGACAAGCCUGUGGCAAGUGUCAGGCCCAUCCAGUCAACUCCGAUCCCCAUGAUGCCUCGCCAGGUUGGCAUGGGCAUUGGUGGCUCCGGCUCUGCAGGCAGCCUGCCCGUUAACUUCCUACAGAAAGCUGGAGUUUAUGUGCAGAGGAUCGUCACCACCACUGAUAUUGUAAUCCCGGGCGCAAACAGCACAACAGAUGUGCAAGCACGAAUCAGUGCAGGAGAGAGCAUCCAUGUGAUCAGAGGAUCUAAAGGUACAUACAUAAGGACCAAUGAUGGAAGAAUAUUUGCUAUUCGAUCUGGAAAGAUCAGUAGAGCAGUAGGUGGGGGCUCUGCAGCUCAAAGAGGCAUGCAAGACUCCCUGAUCCAUCCCAUCAGUAAUGGCUGCUCUUCCCCUGUGGAUCAACGGCAGCUUUCCCCAAACAGGGAGCAGCGGUCCUCCUCUCCCCUGAGCUCCGAGAUCCUCCGAGAGAUCAGCCGCUACACGUCAUCCACAGGUGACGCCAACAUGGGGUUGCAUUCGCCUUCUGACAUGUCGGCCACACCAGCAGAUGACGGUGGAAGCUCCCAAAACAUUCAGGCCGGAGAUGUCAGCCGGCAGCUCGGUGACGACCUCCUGAGCUCGGCUUUAGAGAUGCGUGGCAGCAAACGCAGGAGUACUGAAGGCCAGAGAAACACACAAACGGGGGGCAAACGCAAUGCUGCGGCACGUUUUCCUGGCCUGUCAAUGAGCUCCAGUGGGCUCAGUUUCCCUCCUGUGGGUUUGAACUCCUCCUCCUUAUUGGGAAACCUAGGGCACAUGGGUCACCCUCUUCUGAUGGGUGGUAGCAGUGGAUCAUCAUUCCUUCAAACCCCAGGACAAACUCUGACUGAUUUACAGACCAUGUUCCCCUCUGCAGGCUCAGACCUGUUGAGACAGUCCUCCCCAGGGAACGGACACCUCCCCAGCCCCUCCUCUUCCUCUCUGCCCACAGCUUUCUCUUCUGCCUCCACCACCAUACCCAUGUCAUCAUCACCGUCAGCGGCAACUUCUUCCUCCAUGGUGUCGGGUUCUCUACCUCCGUACUUGAUGAACCCCAACAUGGCGGGCCUGCUUUCGUCAGGCUUCCCCCUCAACUACAGCCAGUCUCUGCUCUCAGAGCCCAGUAUGUUCUCCAACCCCUUACUCUCGGGGUCAGGGGGAUUCCAGGCGCCGAACUCCAGCUCUACCGCGUCACGUUUCCUCUCCCAUUUCAACAAUCCCACUUCCAGCCUGUUGGGGGCGGCUCUCAGCCAGCCAGACAGACAUCAGAGCACGGAGAAUGGCGGCAGCAGUUCUGAUGAUGACGUCAUAGAGGUGACAGGACAGUAGAGACCUAAAUAGGCAGUUUCACACAUAAGGUUGGGAUCUUGAUUCUGAAAUAAGACUAAACUUUUCAGGAAAUACAAAUCGAUUUUAACCACGAACACAUACAUUUAAAUUGGAAAACAUUUAUACAAAUGAUAUGCGUUCGGUCUUUCUGUUAAACUGGCAAUUUAAAAUAGUUUCAUUAUGCCAUCUUAUCUUUAGUGGAACAAACGGCAUUCCCAUUCCUUGUGCUCUCAUUAAAUUUGAUAAACGCUCAAUCCCCCACACUGACAUCAGUUUGUAACUUUGAGGACUUCAUCAAGUCAGAGUUACAAAAUCAUCCUCAUCCUGCUGGAUAUUCUAGACUUGUUCACCUGGAGAAUCAGCGUAGUGGGAACAAACCUCUGACAUGCAGGGGGGCCAAGGGGGUUUCCUCUGAAUCAAAGUGAAAUAAUGUGAUUAAAAAUCAGCUUUGUGUUGGAUCGUCUGAUGACAAAACGCUGUGAAACAGUAGAGUGCAAACCAAAAUGUCUGUUGCCGUUACACUUUCUGAACGCUAAAUGACUUGUUCUUUUCUUCAGCAGUCUUUCUUUUGGAGUUAACAGAACUGGACAGCUACACACACCACAGUGAAGUAACAGCUGCUACUGAACGUGCUGUUGAUAUUUGUACAAAAAAAAAAUAUUUCCCUCAAAGCUUUCCUUUGACAGAAAUGUUAGGCUUUCGGGGCAUAUUUUAGUCUUUAGUGAUUUGAUAGACAUCGUAGCAUCCUGUUGAAAGAAUAUUAUGCGUCAUACUAUAAAGUGGUCAUGUCGAUACUUUGUAAAUAGCAGUUAUCAUUGUUUAUAUUUCAAGUCGAUACUGUGCAGUGUGUAGACUUUAGCUGUAGGGAGAUGGCUCAUUAUUACAGUGACUAUCCUGAUGAUGAAUAAGCCCUUGUUUUGAUGCUUGGACACAAAGUUUUGUUCAACUUUCUAAUUUCCGUUUUUUUUUUUUUUUUUUUUUUUCUUCUCUGGUUUUGUUUGUUUUUUAAACUAAAAAUGAAUGUACUUUCAUGUUAGCCUUGGAUACCACAGGGGCAGGGACAUGGAUUUGGACUGUGUUCUUUGAUUUUUGGCCUUAAAUAUAAAUACACAUAGGGGUCUUGAGUCUUAGCAUUUAUCCUAAGUACUUUCUUUCUUUUACAAAACUGUUGGAAGAACUACUGAGCAUUUAGACAUUCAGUGUUUCACUUAAAAAAACAAAAAAAAAAAACAAGUUGAAGGCAGAAUCAGCAUUGUGACUAAAAGCACCAAGUGACAGCAAAAGUAGCUUGAAACUGUCCUUUUCUGUUGCUAGCUCAUGAGCAAACUCGUUCUGUUGCAGUUCUGUAGAGUAGUGUUCCCAUCAUGUGUGGAUAUCUCAUCACUCAGACACCUCACAAGUAGGUUUUUUUUUUUUGGGAUUCUUCCUUUCAGAACAUCGCAGCGAACAAACACAACCUGAACUGUAGAAAACGAUGCACUUAACACCGCCUUAGUGGAUGAAACCUUCAGUCAGUGUAGCCACAAACCAUUCAACCAUUAAACACCUUAUUACAACAACCUGUGACUGCGGCAGAGCCAGGUCAAGAAGUGUGGUGGCCUUACAGAACUGACUGUGCCGUUGUGUGGUAGCUUUUAACGGAGGUGUGUCUCUUAAAGCAGUGCACACGUUAGUAUCUUCUCUCAGUAGUCUCAGUCGGUGUGAGUUGCCAUGCUUUAGAGAGUUUAGGUGUUUGCUGUUCUCCGUAGCCUUGUGUUUCUGUGUUGUGAUGACACCUCAAGGUAUGUAGAUGUUAGGAAAGUCUCUUUCCCUGAAAAAAGCAAGUCACAUUGCUUAUUAGCCCUUUAGAUAAUCAUGGAGAACCUGAGAACACAGGUCAUCCCCUAUAAGGUUACAUUUUUUUGUAGAAAAUGUUUUCUUGUGGGCACCUUUUUCUCCAACCAUGCUGAGUACUUUCCCUUUUUUUUCUUUUCUUUUUUGAUUUGCUACUGGCUCCUUCCCUGUUGUUGGAUGUUUCAUUUCUAUCUUUAAGGAAACUCAGCAUGUUCAGGUGAAUUGUGAUUUUCUUCAGACUUGGAAGUUGGAGUUGUUACGUUGAAAAGGAUCAAAUCUGCGUUUGAACUGUACAAGGUACAUUACAACACCAUGUCUUUAUUCUCAGUCUUCUCUAUCCAUUGGAAACAUUUUGCAUAUGAAUCUUGGGAAUCAUCAGUCUGUAAAAAUGCCUGUCUGCCUGUUCCUGUCAGUUAUAUGCAUUUUUAUGUUUCAUGCUUCUUUUAUGUUUUUUAUAACUUCUUAUCGGGGUCUACUCACUUGGCAGUCGUUUCUCUUAUUUCAAUGUAAGUGUCUGAAAUGUAUUUAUUUAUGAUGGAAAAUAUAUUGUUUUUGUAAUGACAUCUUUUUUUACCUUUUUCGUUCAGUUUGACCCAUUGAUGGCUGAUCCAGUAAGACUUUUUCGUACAUGCUGCCUAGAUCGGAGCAGAAUAAGACUGUGUUAUCUAUGUUAUUUUAACAAUAAAACACUCUAUUACUGCAGUGUGAAUCAA